UGCGACGGUGCGUACGUGGAGUCUUCGUCCGGGUUGAAGUUUUGCGACGUCGUCGUCGGCGAGGGGGCGUCGCCGGGGGCGAACACGCAGAUCGAGGCGCACUACACGGGACGGCUGGAAAACGGAAGCGUGUUCGACUCGUCGUACGAACGCGGAUCGCCGCUGAAAUUCAAGGCGUCGCAGGUGAUUAAAGGAUGGGGGAUCGGAAUCCUGGGCGACGGCGAGAGCGUGCCGGCGAUGAAGGCUGGUGGGAGACGGAAGUUGGUCAUUCCGGCUGAUUUGGGAUACGGCGCGAGAGGCGCCGGCGGCGUCAUCCCGGGGGGGGCCACGCUGUACUUUGACGUCGAACUCGUGCGCGUGCUGUGA